CCCACGGGCGCCCCGCCCCCCUCGGCCUUAUAGAAGGAGCCGGGCACCACUGCGCGCCUGGGAGCUGGAGGCUUUCCCGAGCCGACGGAGCGGCUGCCUGCGGGGUCCGGAAGCCCAGGCGCCGCCGGGACCCGUGUAACAAAGUGAGGCGGCGGUUGCGCCCGCAUCAUGGACCGCAGCCCCACCCGAGCCCCCGCUCAGGUCGCCACCGACCUCCACCGCCGGCUGACCCCCGUCUACCAGCUCCCGCUGCUGUUCGCCCGGCGCCGUCCUCUCCUCACCUCCAAGCCAACAUGAAGGAGGCCCGGGGCUUCGGGAGCGCUCCUUUCUGCACCCGCCUCAACCACUCGUACGCGGGCAUGUGGGCGCCGGAGCGCUCCUCCCAGGCGCCGGGCAACCUCACGCGUCCCCCAGAGACCGGUGAGGAUUGCCGCUCCGUGUCCGUAGUCUUCCCGAUCACCAUGCUGAUCACCGGCUUCGUGGGUAACGCGCUGGCCAUACUGCUGGUGUCGCGGAGCUACCGGCGGCGGGAGAGCAAGCGCAAGAAGUCGUUUCUGCUGUGCAUCGGCUGGCUGGCACUCACGGACCUGGUGGGGCAGCUGCUCACCAGCCCUGUGGUCAUCGUCGUGUACCUGUCCAAGCAGCGCUGGGAGCACCUCGACCCGUCGGGAAGGCUGUGCACUUUCUUUGGUCUGACCAUGACUGUCUUUGGGCUCUCCUCGCUCUUCAUCGCCAGCGCCAUGGCCGUCGAGCGGGCGCUGGCCAUCCGAGCGCCUCACUGGUACGCGAGCCACAUGAAGACGCGCGCCACCCGCUCGGUGCUCUUCGGCGUGUGGCUGGCGGUGCUCGCUUUCGCCCUGUUGCCGGUGCUGGGCGUGGGCCAGUACAGCAUCCAGUGGCCCGGGACGUGGUGCUUCAUUAGCACCGGGGGAGGAGGCAAUGGGACGAGCUCUUCGCGCAACUGGGGCAACCUUUUCUUCGCCUCCACCUUUGCCUUCCUGGGACUCUCAGCGCUGACCAUCACCUUCGCCUGCAACCUGGCCACCAUUAAGGCCCUGGUAUCCCGCUGCCGGGCCAAAGUCACGGCAUCGCAGUCUAGCGCCCAGUGGGGCCGGAUCACGACUGAGACCGCCAUCCAACUUUUGGGGAUCAUGUGUGUGCUGUCGGUCUGCUGGUCACCAUUGCUGAUAAUGAUGUUGAAAAUGAUCUUCAAUCAGACAUCAGUUGAGCACUGUAAGACGCACCCAGAAAAGCAGAAAGAAUGCAACUUGUUCUUAAUAGCUGUCCGCCUGGCUUCACUGAACCAGAUCUUGGAUCCCUGGGUUUAUCUGCUGCUAAGAAAGAUCCUUCUUCGAAAGUUUUGCCAGAUCAGGCACCACACAAGCAACUAUGCAUCCAGCUCCACUUCCUUACCCCACCGGUGUUCCUCAACCUUGAUGGGGAGUGAUCAUUUGGAAAGAUAAUGAAAGAACGGAGAUGGACUUUUUAUUGUAAUUCCUGCUUUCCUGAGUUGUGCAUUUCUUCCCACCUGAGAAAAAUUUUAUAUUUUGAUUUAGAUUGUUUCUUUAUUUUUAUCUUUUCUUAUUUUGAUGUUUUUUUCCUCAUCAGUAAUACUCACUGAGACCAGGGUUAUUAUUAUAACCCAUGCAUCUAAAUGCUAAAUUGGCUUCUUGGACUGGAUUUUAAGUACCCAUUUAAGAAGUUGGGCAGAGUUUCACAGAAGAUGAUUGGUGAAAAAGUGAGAAAAAGGAAAAAAGCCAUCUUCCAGGAGUGUGUUGCCAACUUCAAAUCAUUACCUGAGUCUCAACCAAUGUGGACAUCUUUACAUUUCUGUGGUUGUUUUGAUUUUACAACGAGUUUGAAAAAUCAGUAUAAGUUUUUGAUAAUGUAAAGUCACAUAUUGAAAGCAAGAAUGCAAUUAAUAGGACAUAAACUUGAGACAGAAAAGGAUCUAAUCAAAGGCAAGACUAUAUACCAUGACAACAGACAUUUAUGCAAAAUGUGUGACUAAUGUUCUGGAGAUGUUGUGUCCCGCGCUAAGCUUGAAAUCAAGGUCCUUAUGUCUAUAUUCUGGUUAUGUGUCAUUCAGUCACUCAGGAAUCAGCUUAAUGGUUAUUUCUCUGUCUUUGAAGCCUGAAAGGAGUGAUGCAGCUAGGGUUCUCGGGAGGAGUCAUAGAAGGCAAUGAUGCGGCUACAUGAUUAGCCGUGGAGUUAAAGCAAUAAAAAAUCCAGGCACAGCCUUCUGAUAACUCCUCUAUCAAUUCAGGAUUUCUUCAAAUUUAUUCUCCGGUGGCAUACAAAAAGGCAAAAUUAAGAAGUGACAUAGUUAUCAAAUACUAAAUUUUGUUACUAUCUUAUGAAAGAAAGAAAUCUAGUUUAUCUUAACCUGCAUAAAAAAUCCUGUGGACUUUUAAAAAGUACUUCAAGUCAUCUAAUAUCUUUCAGCUAAUAUGAUCUUAUUUGCUUAUAAGUUCAAUCAGCCUUUCUUUCUGUGGCCUUUUCUUCCCUUCCUUUCUCUCUCCUUCCCCUUCCUCUCUUCACUCAACACAUACUUAUCGAGUGUCCCUUCUUUAGGAGCUGUACUAAGGAAGGGACGUGCUGUCACCUACAAGGACAUCUUGGGAAGAAAUUAUAAUAUGGUAUCAGUUGUUUUGCCAUUAAGAGCCUAUAAUAUGACUCCAUUGUCAUUUCUACCAACUAAAUUAAGCCAAAAUAGUUGAUUCACUUCUGUUAAAUAGUUGAACCAGUUGUGAAUUAGCUGUAAACUAUAAUUCCUUUCAUUCAAACCUGUAUUUGAAAAUACCUUGUGGGAAAACACAAAGCAGAUGCUGUACACAAUCCCUUGAUUCAGGUUUAAAUUCACCAAAUUUUAUUGAGCAAGUAGAAUUUGCCAACCAUCAUAGGAGUGUGCAUGCCAGCACAUCUGUCUGUCCAUCCAUCUUUGUGGUUGUCUAGCUGUCAUCAAUUAUUUUAGUUUUACAAAAGAGGGUAAAGUUUACAGAGAGCUUGUCCAAUGUCACAUGGCUAAUAUAACUAAGAAAUCAGAUCCAAGUUCAAAUAUUUUGAUUCCGGGUUGACUGUUCUCCCUAUAGCACAGUAGGAUGUGAGAUUUGCUACAAUGCUAUUCUAUUUAUAAAACAAUGUGAUGUAGUAAUAAAAGCAUGGGUUCUGGAAUCAAACUUGGAUUUAAAUCUGGCUGUGCCACUCACUAGCUCUAUGACCUUGACAAAGUUAAUUAAUCUCAUAUAAUCUCAUUGAAUUAAUACAAUGCUAAUAAUAGUUAUACAUGGAGUUAUUGUGAUAAUGUAUGUAAAGUGAAUGUAACAUAAUAGGUACUCAGUAAGUAUUAAGUGUGAUUAUUUCUUUAUCCAGACUUAUCUCCAACUAUAUAAUAUGAUCUCAAUUUCAACUAUAGAGUGGCUUCCUGACUGUGUGGGUUGGAAUGUCGUGGACAGAAUCAACUUCAGAUCUCUGGAUGCUAUUCCUCUUGUUUAUAAUACUUCACGAUUGUUUUUUAACCGUGCGAAACCUGCCCAUCUUCCACAUGUUCAAAUCUCUCCUUGUCUUUAGGCCUUGAACAAUUUAAGUAUCUGUGUUCUCUUCUCAUCUCUAUCCCUAACUCUGAAGUCAUCAUAGUGCUCAUUUUGAUGAUUAGUGUAUUAUUCCUUAAAUAUUUUCAUUAUUUUCUUUUUCCCUUGACAAAAUUCUAUUUCAUGGUGGUCAGGACCCUUUUCUUAUAUUUUCCUCAUAGGUCUCUUAGCACUAGUUCUGUAUCUGACACCAAGAAAGAUGCUAUUUAUUAGGUAAAUUCUCAAUGAAGGAACAAUUUAUGUACAAGAUUAACAGUUGCAAAUUUCAAUGAAUGUGAUAGGAAGCCCUUUGUUUCCAUGUUGUUGUUCAACUUGGGAAACUUCAUGUUAAACUUUCCUGAUUUAAAAAUGUUAUAUCCAGGGAAAAUAGUCAGAUGCAGUUUAAUAUAAUAAUUUUUAUUGAAGUUCUACUUGUGAAAGUAAUAAAGUAAUAAAAUGAUUGGUAAAGUUUGAAAAAGAAUGACUAGUUGGUGAUGAUAUUUCUCAGACAAUUAGGAAUGAUCUUUGUCCAAUUAGUUUGAAAUCUGAUAUACAGACAGUAUAUUUCAGCAUGAAAUACUUUCAGUACUUCUGUCUUUAAUCCACAGAAAUGUAUCCAUUGCAUACUAAAUUCACCCAAAAAUAAUACGCUCUAUGACAUCAAAUAUUUUGGAUUAUGAUUCAGUAAUACACUGAAUAAAUACUGAUUUUUAACAGGUGCCUUCAUUUUCUUUUCUUUAGUAUUGUCCAUGAACAUAGAUUCCCAUAAUUAUAUAAUGAGGUUAUAUUGAGGAUAGGACUAAACUCCAAAAUAAAAUAAAUUUCUUAGCAACUCUGACAAAAAAUGCUACAUGCGGAGAAAUGGUGCUUAAUCUACAUUUUAUUGUAAUUAUAGUAAUUGCUAUAAAGCUCUAUGGGAUACAUAUGCAAAACAAAUUUGUGGUAUUAAUAUGCUGCUUUAUGAGUGGGCUGUAUAGACCUGGUUCCUGAUAACAUAUAUUCUGUGUAAUUUUAGACCUAUGGUUUUUGCAUUGGAAGAAAUGAACUGCCUAACCCACCUCCCUCCUGUUGCAGAACCAGUGCUUUCAUUCAGUACACUGAAUGUGAAACAAAAACAAACAAACAAAUAGCCCAGCUAUACUGCUUCCAAGAGAGGAUGGACCAGGGUGUUUGGAAGAGGCAUGCCAAGCCAUGCCAAGAUCUUAGAGCCAGGGAGAGGUAAGAAAACAGGGAAUGUUAGGGUCAGAAGACUGAGCUUCCAUCAGAAGCUAUAUUUAUCCAAAUUAUCCCAAGGAGGGAGGAGAAAAUUAGUCAUUAUCUUUUUAUAUGUAAAUGUGUAUGUGUAUCUUACAGUUAUAAGUGAACUUUGGUCCAUGAAAUAUAUAAAAAUUCAGGCAUAGUUGAAUUGAGCCACUUUACUGUCUACAAGAAUGACUUAAAAAUUAAUAAUGACAUCCAGGUUAUAAUGAAACUACAUAAACUACUUAGAACAAAAAUUUAUCAACAUCCUCAGUAGUUGGAAGUACAUUCAAAAGGAACCUGUUGUUAAGAUAAUUGUAAUUAUUUAGGUACCUUAAGGAGCUGUAUAAAAUAUACUUGCUUGAUAUACUUUUAAUUAUUAUGAAAAAUGUUUACUUGCUGUCUUAAAAAUAUGUGUGCUCAUUUUUCAUUAAUCCAGGCUUUUACUGAAUUUUUAUUAAUUCAAAACAUUUCUAGGCUCAUCCCAUGGAUAAAAGUGUUUCUUUGUUUCAUUUAUGUUCUAAGGUUUUGUUUUGGUUUAAUUAUCUGAAAUAUUUUUUAUAAAAAUAAUUUGUACAAUAUGUAUUUUUAAGAACUUUUGUAGUAUUUCUUUUCUUUUUUUUUUUUAAAUAUUCAACCAUAUUGUAAGCUCCUUGUGGGCAGGCCCCAUAUUUUAUCUAUCUCUUGUACCUACAGAAUCCAAC